UUAGGAAAUUGAUAUUUGGAGUAGUUGUCCUUUUUUCCCUUAUGACAGCUUCGUUAGGCCUUUUAGAUACAUUUUGAGGAUGUCUAGGUACCUAGGUAUGUCAUUAAUAAACUCCCUUUGCUAACCUAGAGGGGAAUGUGAUAUCUUCAAUCAUCCAAGCUCGAACGUACAUUGUUCCGAAUGACUAGGUACCUAGGGUGGGUGGCGCUCGUGAGCGUUUCCGCUCACCACCACCACCCCUACAAAUAUCGUUCCUUUCCCCCCUUCUUUCCCACCUUCUUUCUCACCUUCUUUCCCACCUUCUUUUUCACCUUCUUUCUCACCUCGCUUUAUACGUCAUCUCCUUACCAGGUAUCUCUUCCUACAAAUCUCGUGUUCAUUUAUCAAUCGAUAGACUUGGCGUAAGCCUAAGGUAAAUGAACGCAGGUUUGCAUAAUGGUUACCCGGACGAGAUUUGUGGUACCCACAUGGGACAUAAUAUCCCUGAAGAUUAAAGAGAUUCUUGUUCAUGGUAUCAGUAGUAAAGAUGAGUACAAGAUCAAAACGGCGGGCGAGAUCCUUCGAAAGACGAAUGCAAUCCACAAGAAUGUAAAACGGUAUCGGCAUUUCCUGGAAGAUGUACAACAGCAUGGACCGGUUGCUAUUGCCUUAUGCGCCAUCCUGGUCGGAAGUAAGGCAUCCCGCAGCUUGAAAAAUGAGGAUUUCAGCAGGGUUUCCCGCGAAUUUGAGGGAAAAGACAAAGAGCUAACGCGUUUGCUGCCGGUGUUCCAAAGUUGUGCCGAGAAGCAUGGCCUGCUAAGCCCUAGCAAUGGUAUGCACCUGGGAUGUGUCGCUUCCAAUUCCCUGAAUGUUAACAUGAGUCUCUUAGCUCCUCCUCCAAGUCAUAGUAAUACUGUGCUAGGCACAUUGUGGGUCUGUACAUUUGCCGUGGAACUAUUCACAAACUCCCUCCAUCUCGAAGCGCCAGCUGAGAUCCAGAACAUUUCUUUCUCAUGGCGGUCAACAAUAGAGCCAUACGAUUAUGUAUCAGAACCUAUCGACUGUGGACACAUACUUGAAGUACAUCUGUCAGCAAAGCGCGCUAAAGAAAUCUAUCCGGUUCACCACGAAUUGGGAAGCAAUAGCACGCAACCUACUCGGAGAUGGAGACCACAUAAUGACAGUGCUUUUCAGCGCUAGACUGCAACCAACAAUGGAGAUUAAGGUAGGCGGGCGUAUCAAAUGGCUUAACGCUCAGGAUUGGAUUAAGUUCCUCCAAUGUUCAGGCAUGGCAGUUCGUACCCUCUUCGAAUAUUUCAACCCUUCUUCUUAAUGUAUUUCACUUUAGCUUUGUAGACCAACAGAUCUUCCCCAGAAGCUUUAAAUAGCCAAACUCCAGAUCUAUCCGCGUAAUCGCCGACAAGAAUCGUUUCGUAAUCUGCGAUCAUUACACUACCAUUGUCGUGAAUAGGCAUUCCAAAUUCAUCUUGUUUUAUAUAAAUAAGUACGGCUAAAGCCCCUUCUUUCUCGUUAACAAGCAUAAUGUUCGCCGAGUCUUCGCCGAGCUAAGAUAUUAAUUAAUGUUGGGAAGAACUGCGGCAACAUUGAGUUGAGUCCGAGUUGAGUCCUUACCCAGUUUGCGGCUUUAACCAGGAUCUGAUCCUCUGUCAAAUCUGUAACAUCUUCUUGGCGUACCAUUGGAUAUGUCGCAGGUAAGUAUUCAAAGUUUGAAGUGUUUGAUGGCAGAUAUAUUGUUACGAAGAAACAUAAAUAAAAAACGGGGUUUCUUUUUUUUUUCUUUUUUGGUCGGGUAAGGCUGUCGCGAACUUAGGAAUUAUUUUAGGCUGCUAUAAAGAUC